CGUUCCAUUCCAGUCUGCGGCUGUCAGUUCCGGAGUGUUCGGUCUUCCCGACCCGUCAAACGUUCACUCGGACUACCCGGCUGUGUGACCCAAAGGGGGCCUUUUAGACCCGGUUUCCUUGUAGACCCAUGGCGGAGGCUGUGCGCCCCGAGGACUACUGCGACGAGGCGGUGGAGGACGAGUUCGGGGAGAUCAUCAAGUGUCGAUCAGAUGAAAGAGAAGAUGUGCAAAAGAAGACGUUCACAAAAUGGGUCAACUCGCAGUUGUCUAAGACAGGGAAGCCACCUGUGGAGGAUCUCUUCUCAGACCUUUGUGAUGGGCGCCGAUUGCUGGAGCUGUUGCAGGGUCUCGCAGGACAUGAGCUGGUAAGGUUGGAAAAGGGCAGCUCACGUGUCCACUCGCUCAACAAUGUCAACCGAGCUCUGCAGAUCUUGCAGAAAAACAAUGUGGAGUUGGUGAACAUUGGUGCCACAGACAUUGUUGAUGGCAAUCACAAACUCAUUCUUGGGCUCAUCUGGAGCAUCAUUCUCCACUGGCAGGUAAAGGAUGUGAUGAAGGAGGUGAUGGCUGGCCUACAGCAGACCAACAGUGAGAAGAUUCUGCUGAGCUGGGUUCGUCAGAACACAAGCCAGUACCCACAGGUCAACGUGGUCAACUUCUCCAGCAGCUGGAAUGAUGGGCUGGCGUUCAAUGCCCUCAUCCACAGCCACAGACCGGAGCUAUUCGACUGGAGUUCUGUCGAGGCCAAAGUGUCAGUGAUUGACAGACUGGAACAUGCCUUCAGUACAGCAGAACGACACCUGGGCAUUGACAGACUGCUGGACCCAGAAGACGUGGCAGUGCCUCAUCCCGACAAGAAGAGCAUCAUCUUGUACGUGACGUCGCUCUUCCAGGUGCUUCCGCAGAGCAUUACCAUGGAGGCCAUACAGGAAGUGGAGACACUGCCACGGGCCGGUAGUGCCGCCGGUGCUCCCCGCGUGCUGACCGAGGAACACUACCAGAUCCAGACCCAGCAGCGCUUCUCUCAGCAGAUCACGGUGAGCGUGGCUCAGGGCCGAGUGCAGAGUCCCUCCUCUCAGCCUCGCUAUAAAAGCUACGCCUACGCCCAGGCGGCCUAUGUCAAGUCGCCUGAGCAAAAGAGGAGACGCUUUACCGAGCAGUUCCUGAGUCCCAGCCAAGAGGAGCUGCAGCGAGGCCUCAGUCCACUGCCUCCAGGCUCCACCACUCUCGAGGCUUAUCAAACGGCCCUGGAGGAGGUGCUGACGUGGCUUCUGUCGGCUGAAGACGGGCUCCAGGCUCAGCCUCCCAUCUCGGACCUUGUUGAGGAGGUGAAGGAGCAGUUUCACACACAUGAGGGCUACAUGGUGGAGCUCACCACGCACCAGGGCAGCGUCGGGCGCGUCCUCCGGGCCGGCGCCGCCUUAGUGGCCGAGGGGAACCUGAGCGAGGAGGAAGACACCGAAGUGAGGGAGCAGAUGAACCUGCUGAACUCCCGAUGGGAGCACCUGAGGGUGGCCAGUAUGGAGAGACAGAGCAGUCUCCAUCGGGUCCUCAUGGACCUGCAGCACAAGCAGCUCCAACAGCUCACAGACUGGCUGGACAUGACAGAAGCUCGGGUCAAGAGGAUGGAGGCUCAGCCACUUGGUCCUGACUUGGAGGACGUCAAGCACCAAGUGGAAGAACACAAGCUCUUGCAGGAGGACCUGGAGCUGGAGCAGGUCCGGGUCAACUCUCUCACCCACAUGGUGGUGGUGGUGGACGAGACCAGCGGUGACAGCGCCACCGCCGCCUUGGAGAGUAAACUUCAGGUUCUAGGCGACCGUUGGGCAGCCAUUUGUAGAUGGACAGAAGAACGCUGGAUUCUGCUGCAGGAGAUUUUAUUGAAAUGGCAGCACUUCACCAAUGAGCAAUGUUUAUUUGACUCAUGGCUCACGCAGAAGGAGGAGUUGGUUCGCUCCCUCAAAACGCCCGGCGUAAAAGACCAUGCCGCCACCACGGCCUGCCUCCGCCAUCUUGCUACUGUAAAGACAGACCUGGACGCCAAGCGCCCCACCAUGGACAAGCUCUGCUCCAUGAGUCAGGACCUGCUGUCCAGCGUGAAGAACAAGGAGGUGGCCAACAAGCUGGAGGCCAGACUGGAAAGCUUUGCCGAACGCUGGGAUCGACUCGUUCAGAGUCUGGAUGUGAUCAGCUCACAGCUCUCGCCGGCCGUGGGUGCAGUGGCCCCACAAUCUGAUGUGCCCCACUCCGUCACGACGAGUGUCACCAAGGUGACGACGAGGGAAAAGGUUUCGGCACUGCGCCAAGCACGAGAGUCGCCGCCGCCGCAGAAGAAGAGGCAGGUGGUGGUGGAUUCUGAACUCAGGAAAAGUUACAUGCACCCGUUUCUCCUGACUUUUCUCAGCAGGUUUGACGUGGACUUCACAGAGGUCCACAGCUACAUGACUCGGGGCGAGGCCAUCCUGCAGAGUCCCGAGUUCUCCGUGUCCCGCAAAGAUGGCAGCAUUCAGGAUCUGUAUGACAAAGUGCAGCUAAUCGAACGGGAGCGUCCAGAGAAAUACCGAAAGCUCCAAGAAGCCACGCGCACGGCACAGACACUAGUUGAGCAAGAGGGAACUCGGGCUGAGGACAUUGCCCAGGCCGCAGAGCAGUUGAACCAGCGCUGGGUGGGCUUCUGUGCUCUUCUAGCAGACAGGCUGGUAUGGCUGGCCUACCAGACUAAGGUGCUGGCAUUUUACAGCUUGUACGAGCAGUGUGUGCAGUCGGUGGACGCCAGCGAAAACUGGCUCAAGGUUCAACUUCCGCCAUCGCCGGAACCCGAGACGCUGAAGGUGCAGCUGGAGCGAUGCAGAGAGGAGGUGGCCCACUUGGCUUCCCUGCAACCACAAGUGGAGCUCCUGGAUGAACGUUUGAAGGAGCUAAAAGAGGAGAAAGACGGGGAGGAGGACCCCUCCGCCUUCCUGGACGCCGACAUCAAUGCAUUCAAAGAGCACUACCGCAAGGUUCUGGAGGAUCUGAGGGCAAGGGAGAGGCAGCUGCAAAUGAUUCUGGAGAGCCUGCCCCCAGCUCGUUACAAGGAAACCAUAUCAACGCUGCUGGCGUGGUUGCAGCAGUGUGAGGCCAAGCUGGCUGUUCCGUCCACAGCUGUUACAGAGUAUCCCGUCAUGGAGCAGCGACUGAAGGACGUCCAGGCGCUCCAGGUGGCGCUGACCAGUCACCAAGGGGAGGUGGACUACCUGACGGCGGCUGUGGAGCAGGUCUUCCAGAAAGCUCCGCCUGACAUUUGCCAGAAGUAUCGCACUGAGAUGGACAACAUCAUGGCACGCUGGAGGCGACUCAGCACCACGCUGACGGAAAACGCCAAGACCAUCCAGGAGCUCAUGGCCAAACUCCUGCAGUUUCAGAACGAUGUGAAGACACUGAAGAAGUGGAUGGCGGAUGUGGAUGUCUUCCUAAAUGAAGAAUGGCCGGCGCUUGGAGAUUCCGAGGCGCUGGAGAAACAACUAGAGCAGUGCACGGCCCUGGUGAACGACAUCCACACCAUCCAGCCCAGCGUCAACGGCAUCAACGAAGUGGGCCUGCAGCUCAAGAAGGAGGCGGAGCCGCCAUUCGCCGCCCACAUUCAGAAGGAACUGGAUGAACUCAACGCCCAAUGGGAGAACGUUUGCAAACAGGCUUAUGCCAAGAAGUCGGCUCUGAAAGGCGGCUUGGAUAAGACCAUGGCUCUGAGAAAGGAGAUGCAGGAGAUGCAGGAGUGGAUAAACCAGGCUGAGGAGGACUACCUGGAGAGAGAUUUCACCUACAAAACACCCGAAGAGCUUCGCAAAGCUGUGGAGGAACUCAAGAGGGCCCAGGAGGAGGUGCACUCCAAGGAGCUGAAGGUGAAACUCCUGACUGACAGCGUGAAUAGUUUUAUCGCCAAGGCCCCUCCCACCGCCCACGAUGCCCUGCGUUCAGAGCUGGAUGUGCUGAAGGCCAACUACCAGCGCCUGUGCAGCCGUCUGGACGGGAAAUGCAAAACUCUGGAGGAGGUUUGGGCGUGCUGGUGUGAGUUGCUGUCCUACCUGGAGCAAGAGAAUGCCUUUCUGGACCAGCUGGAGCAGAAGCUUGAUGAAACUGAGAACCUCCAGGGAGGAGCAGAGGAGCUGAAGGAGGCGCUGGAUGGUUUAGAGGCUCUCUUGCGACACCCGGAGGACAACAGGAACCAUAUUCGGGAGCUGGCCCAGACUCUGAUGGAUGGCGGCGUUUUGGAUGAGCUGAUUCAGCAAAAACUGGAUGCCUUCAACACGCGAUGGGACGAGCUCAUGGCGAGGGUGUUGCUUAGGCAAAAGGAGCUGGCCAAGAAUCUCCAGUGGGCUCAGGAGAAUGACAAAAGUCUCCGGGCCAUUCAGGAGUCGCUGGCCAACACCGACCGCCACCUGACGGCGUACCUGGCUGACCACAUUGACGCCCAGCAGAUACCACAGGAGGCUCAGAAGAUCCAGUCGGACCUCAGCAGCCAUGAUGCAACCCUGGAAGACAUGAAGAGGAAGAAUCAGGAGAAGGUCCCGUCUCAGAGAAUGACUGGACAGAUAGACCUCACGCAGAAAAUGUUGGCGGAUGUGUGGACCAAGUUCAGGCUCUUCCAAAAGCCGGCCAACUUUGAGGCGCGGCUGGCUGAAUGCGAGCGUGUUCUGGCUGAGGUCAAAACCCAGGUGGGGGUGCUGGACAUCCGCAGUGUGGAGCAGGACGUGGUGCAGUCUCAGCUGGAGCAGUGCAUGAAGCUGUACAAGGUGCUGAGUGAGGUCAAAGGCGAGGUGGAGACGGUGAUAAAGACUGGCAGGCAGAUCGUGCAAAGACAACAGACUGAGCAUCCGAAAGAGCUGGAUGAGCGCGUGACGGCGCUCAAACUGCUCUACAACCAGCUGGGAGCGCAGAUAACAGAGAGCAAAUUGGAGCUGGAGAAGAGUCUGAAGUUGUCCAGGAAGCUUCGCAAGGAGCUCAACGGGCUGACGGAAUGGCUUGCCGCCACCGAUGCCGAGCUGACCAGGCGCUCCGCUGUCGACGGUAUGCCCAGCGACCUGGCGGCCGAAGUGGCGUGGGCACAGUCCAUCCACGGCGAGACAGAGCGACGCCAACCUCAGCUGCAGGCCGUGGUGGACCUGGCCGAGGCCCUCAAGGAGGUGCUUCGUGGUCACGGGAGCCUGGUGGACGACAAAGUCAGCCUGCUGCACUGCAACUGGAUUGCAGUCACAUCCCGAGCGGAGGAAUGGCUCAACCUGCUGCUGGCCUACCAGCAGCAGAUGAGGAAGUUGGAUGGAGAGAUUGAGGAAGUGAAUCGAUGGAUUGACGGAGCGAAUAAAAAGAUGGAUGAAAUCGAAAGCCAGGGACCAAAUGAUGCUGCGCUUAAGGUACUGCGUGCCGAGCUGGAGCUCACACGGGGUAAGAUGGACGAAGUGAGGUCUUUGGCGCAGGAGCUCAUGACCACCAGGGGGGAGAACUGCCAAGCCCAGGUGGGACCCAAGCUGGAGCUUCUGAAGCAGAGAUUUGACGCCGUUGCACAACGCAUCGCCUCUGGACCGACGGCAGCGUCAGCCAAAGAGCUGGAGCAGUACCACAGCGAAGCUCAGAUCUGGUUGGAUCUCCUGGAGGAGGAAGUGAAACAGGGGGAAAACCUCAAGGAAGAGGACUUCCAGGAAGACAAGGACUGUGAAGAAGGUGCAGUGAAGGAGUUGUUGUUGAGAGGGGAGAAUCUGCAGAAGAGAGCUCCGGAUCAGGACAAAAGAGAACAGCUAAAACUAAAGCACAGGCAGCUCAGCAGCAAGUACAACAAUGUCAAGGACCUGCGUGUGCUCAGGAACAAGAAAGCUCUCGCCAUCGCACCGCAGUGGUACCAGUACCGCAGGAGGUCACAUGACCUGAUGUCCUGGCUGGACAAUAUCCAGCGGAGCGUUGAUCAGCUGCCCGACCCUCCCGAGGGCGAGAGGGUCAAGGAAAUUGGCACAGAGAUGGCCCAGAAGAAGGAGGAGCUUAAGGAGUUGCAGGUUUUAGCCAAUCAGCUCUCAGAGGCCGGAGCCGCCGCUCUAGUGGAGCCUCGGCAGAUUCAGCUGAACACACGCUGGGCUGAGGUGGAGGGCCAGUUCUUACCCUUCCAGAGACGAUAUCCUGCUGACAUCACUGGGAAUGACUACCUUGCAGAGCUACAAGCACUGUUACGUUCCGUGUCAGAGGCGGACUUCAAGCUGAACUCUCCGGAAUACUGGCCAGCUGCGUAUUACAACCUACCUCAACAAGAGACCUGCUUGAAGGAAGUCAAAGUGAGUAUCGACAAACUGCGAGCUCCAGUGGAGGCAGCUUUGGCCCGUAGGCAGGAUGCGGCGUCCGGCACACGACCUCUGGAGGCGCAGCGGAUCCAGGAGAGCGCUGCCCUCCUCCGAGCCAACUGGGAUAAACUCAACAAGCUGCAUAAGGACCGGCUGAUGCGCUGGCAGGGCUGCAACUCCAAGUGGCAGAAGUUUGUUUCGGAUCAGAGGGCACUUGAGGAGUGGCUUCAUGAAGCAGAGGAUGCCCUCAAGAUGGCCGCGAGCGAACAAGCAGCACAAAAGCAGCACCUCAGGGACCUGACAGAAGCCAUCCCGAUACAGGAAGUGGUGUUGAACCGCGUGACCUCCGCGGGCGAGGACAUCAGCCAAAUGAGUACCCCAGACGAUGCCUCCCGCCUUCGAGCGCAGCUUCAGUUCCUCACCGCUCGCUGGGCUCACGUCUGCCAGCAGCUCAACGAGCGCAAGAGAAGGUCAGCGGAGCAGCACGCGACAGCAGCACAGCUGCAGGAGACUGUGGGUUCGAUGCUGGGCUGGCUGGACAAAGCCGAUAGCGUCCUGGCCAUCCCUCUGCAACCCGCCGAGCCUCAACACCUGAGAGACACUUUGGGCAAAGUGCAGGUAUGUGUGGAAGAACUUCCCGGCAAGAAAGCGGCGGUGGAAGACCUGAACAUGCGACACCGACAGGUUCCUGCCGACAAACAAAAAGACAUCAGAAUCAUCAAUACUCGCUGGGAGAAGGUGUCCAAGACGCUGCCUGAACGUCUGCUGGAGAUCGAGAGUCUGCUGCGGGAACUGGAGGGGAUUCAAUGUCACUUGGACAGUCUGUCAGGCUGGGUGUCCAGAACCAGAACCCAGCUGGAGCACAGUCCAGAAGAGCCCCCGCAAAGUCUCAUCGAGGAAGUGCAAGUCAAGCAACCUGAAGUUGAGUCGGCUCUUGAGCGAGCGGAUCAGCUCUACAAAGACGUUCCUCUGAGUCAGCCAGAGAAGGUGAAGUACAUGAAGAUGAGAGAAGACUGGACGGUCAUCAUGGAGCUGUUACGGCAGCAUCAGGAGAGGAAAAACCUGCUCGUGGCCAAGAAAGCCAAUGAAAUGUUGACCGGUAGUUCCCAGGCUGAGUCUGCAGCCCUGGCACAGUUCAACAAGUCUUGGGCAGAGCUCACGGACUGGCUGACCAUGCUGGACAACAUGGUCCAGAACAAGCGUGUGGUGGUGGCCGACUUGGACGACAUCAAUGACAACAUUGGCCAGCUUAAGGCAUCUUUGCAGGAGCUGGAUCAGCGGCGCCCUCUUCUGGACAGACAGGUCACAGCGGCCCAGAACCUAAAAAACAAAACCAGCAACCAGGACACACGCAACGCUAUCACUGAGCGCAUUGACCGCCUUCAGACCCACUGGGAGGAUUCUCAGGCCAAAGUAUUGGGAAGAAGCAAGCAUCUGCAUAGCAUGCUGCAGGACUCCACCGAGUGGCUGGACUCCAAGCAGAGGGUGGAUGUUCUCAUCAAGCGGGCCAGCGAGAGGCUGGAGUCCUGGCAGGAGGUCACCUAUACGGUGGAUGCUCUCACGAGACAGAACGCAGAGCUCAAGCACUUUGCCAGCGACCUUCGGCAGUGGCAGGGUCAAGUGGAUGAGACCAAUGCAUUGGCCGAUAAACUGCUGACACGUUACGCCGAUGACGACACGCAUAAAGUGACCCAGGUUAACGACAACAUGGUGGCUGUCUGGACACAUGUCAACAAGCGUGUUUCAGACAGAGAGGCCGCACUGGAAGCGGCCCUGAAGUUGCUGCAGCAGUUCUACCUGGACCUGGACAAGUUCCUCAACUGGCUGACAGAGGCCGAGACGACGUGUAACGUUCUAAUAGACGCCACCAACAAGGAGAGGCUGACCGAGAAGCCCGAGGCGGCCAGGAAUCUUCUGGCACAGUGGAAGGACCUGGAGGCAGAGGUGGACGGCCACACGGAGCUGUAUCAUUCCCUGGAUGAUCAUGGCCAGAGGAUUCUAACAUCAAUGGGGGACUCGGAGGACGCCGCCCUCCUCCACAGACGUCUCAACAACAUGAGCCAGCGCUGGAAUGAUCUGCGCAGCAAGACUCUCAACAUGAGGGCUUACUUGGACUCCGAGAUGGCACCUUGGAAGAGGCUGCACAUGUCGCUGCAGGAGCUGCUGAACUGGCUGAGACUGAAAGCGCAGCAGCUUGAGCAGGAGCCACCUGUAGGGGGCGAUGUUCCCGCCGUCCAGACCCAGUUAGACACCCACAGGGGCUUCAGACGGGACGUUAGAGCCAAAGAACCGCUUGUGACCAAAGCACUUGAUGAUGUCGGAGUCUUCCUCUCCGAAUUGCCCCGAGAGCCUCCGAUGUCUGAGCAGCGAGACAUCAGCCCAGAGGAGCGUGCCCAGAAUGUCGGUCGAAUCCUGCGCAAGGAAGCGGACGACGUGAUGACCAGCUGGGAGAGGCUCAACGACGACUCUGCUGUUUGGCUGAGGAGGUUGGAGGUGGCUCUGAAGCGGCUGAUGGAGCUCCAGGAGACGCAGGACCUUGUGGACGGCCAGCUGAGGCAGGCGGAGAUGGUGAAGGAGGCCUGGGAACCGGUCGGGGACCUUCUCAUCGACUCGCUGCCAGAGCACAUUGAAAGAGUCAAGGAGUUCCAGGAAGAGAUUGCUCCUAUUCAGGAGGACGUUACGCACAUGAACCAGUUGGCGUCCACUUUCGGUCCACCUGAGCUCCAGCUGUCGGCGAGCAAUCUGGAACGCAUCGACGAUCUCAACACACGCUGGAAACUGCUGCAGGUUACUAUGGAUACGAGAAACAACUGGGGAGCAAAUGGAUUGAGUGAUGUGAAUGUGAAGAUCUCCGUCGAUGACCACCUGAAGCAACUGAUGGACGCACACAGAGACUUCGGCCUUCUUCACGGAUCCGUCGAGAGCCCCUUCGAGCAGGGUGUCUCCCCAAACAACGUACCCUACUACAUUAAAGACAAAACUGGACCUGACCAGAUGACCAAGACACUCCACCAGACCCAGACGACAUGCUGGGAUCAUCCCAAGAUGGCGGAACUCUACCAGUCUCUGGCCGACCUGAACAACGUUCGAUUUUCAGCCUACCGGACAGCAAUGAAACUCAGACGCCUGCAGAAGGCUUUGUGCCUGGACCUGCUGAGCAUGCCGACGGCGUGCGAGGUAUUCGACCAGCACGGUUUGAAGCAAAACGAGCAGCUGCUGGACAUCUCCCAGCUGGUGGCCUGUCUUAGCAGCCUGUACCAGCGGCUGGAGCAGAGCCACGCCCACCUGGUCAGCGUCCCGCUCUGCGUCGACAUGUGCCUCAACUGGCUGCUCAACGUCUACGACACCGCUCGCAGUGGAAAGAUCCGCACCUUGUCAUUCAAAACUGGAAUCGUCUCACUCUGCAAGGCUCACCUGGAGGAUAAAUACAGAUUUUUGUUCAGACAGGUUGCGAGUGCGACCGGUUUCUGCGACCAGCGUCGCCUCGGCCUCCUGCUGCACGAUUCCAUCCAGAUCCCGCGGCAGCUUGGCGAGGUGGCCUCAUUCGGCGGCUCCAACAUCGAGCCCUCUGUGCGGAGCUGCUUCCAGUUUGCCAACAACAAACCCGAGCUGGAAGCCGCCAUGUUCCUGGACUGGAUGCGUCUGGAGCCUCAGUCCAUGGUGUGGUUGCCUGUGCUGCACCGCGUGGCUGCCGCUGAGACGGCCAAGCACCAGGCCAAGUGCAACAUCUGCAAAGAGUGUCCCAUCAUCGGCUUCAGAUACCGAAGUCUGAAACAUUUCAACUAUGACAUUUGCCAAAGCUGCUUUUUCUCUGGUCGUGUUGCCAAGGGACACAAGAUGCAGUACCCUAUGGUGGAGUACUGCACGCCGACCACGUCGGGGGAGGACGUCAGGGACUUUGCCAAGGUGCUGAAGAACAAGUUCAGAACCAAGCGCUACUUUGCCAAACACCCGCGUAUGGGCUACCUGCCGGUCCAGACCAUCCUGGAGGGCGACAACAUGGAAACUCCUGUCACACUGAUCAACUUCUGGCCUGUGGAUCAUGCGCCUGGCUCAUCCCCUCAGCUUUCGCACGAUGACACGCACACGCGGAUUGAGCACUAUGCCAACCGGUUAGCAGAAAUGGAGAACCGUAAUGGCUGUUAUCUGAAUGACAGUAUCUCACCCAAUGAGAGCAUUGAUGACGAGCACAUGUUGAUCCAACACUACUGCCAGUCUCUGAACCAAGGCUCUCCCCUUAGCCAGCCCCGCAGCCCGGCCCAGAUCCUCAUCUCCAUGGAAACGGAGGAGAAGGGAGAGCUGGAGCGUGUCCUCAACGACUUGGAGCAGGAAAACAGGAAGCUGCAAGCCGAGUACGACCGUCUGAAGAAGGCGCACGACAGGAAAGGCCUGUCCCCUCUGCCGUCGCCUCCGGAGAUGCUGCCGGUGUCGCCGCAGCGCGCGCGGGACGCCGAGCUCAUCGCCGAGGCCAAGCUUCUGCGGCAGCACAAGGGGCGCCUCGAGGCCCGGAUGCAGAUCCUUGAGGACCACAACAAACAGCUGGAGUCCCAACUGCACCGGCUCAGGCAACUAUUGGAGCAGACGGAUUCCAAGGUGAACGGCACCGCUCUGUCCUCUCCCUCCACCUCGUCUCAGCGCUCAGACACCUCCCUUCCUCAUCUGCGCGUGGCUGCCAGCCAGACUACUGACACAAUGGGUGACGACGAGCUGUCCACGCCCUCCCAUGAUGCAUCAGGGCUGGAGGAAGUGAUGGAACAGCUCAACCACUCCUUCCCUCAUAGCCAAGGUUUGUUCUCCAACCUCUGUCCCUCCUCGGGUCCCAGCAUCGGGAGUUUGUUCCACAUGGCAGACGAUCUGGGCCGCGCCAUGGAGUCCCUGGUCAGCGUCAUGACGGACGAGCCGAGCGGGAACCAGGCACCGUCCUUCUGAUCCACCCCUCCAUCCCUACUGCAUGCUUUUCUAGACAAAAGAGCUGGAUUGGAUGACAAACAGAAUUUAAAAAUGUCUAUUUUUGUCAAUGUGGUUCCGGCAAAAGAUGUGUUCAAAUACAAAAAAAAAAAAGAAUCUGUAGAUUUGGGUAGUUUCUUAAACCGUCCUGAGGUUUUUAAACUUCUAUGCAAUUGUAUAAAAAGAGAUUUUUUUGGAGGUGGGUGGGGGGCAAAAACAAAAAAAAAACAUGUGUGUUUAGCGUGCAUCACUUUGUAACCAGCAGAAAUUACAUUUGUAUCCAAAAAAAAAGAAUGAUUGUAAUAAUACAUUUAUUAUAAUGUCUUUAUAUAACAGCGUACGAUACUGUUAAGGUAAUGCAGGCAUCCUGGAACUUUACAGUACGUUGUGUGCGUGUGUGCUUUUGUGUGUGUGUGUGUGUGUGUGUGUGUGUGUGUGUUGGUGGGCCCUCUCCAUCAUCCAUAUGUUACUGCAUAAUUAAUAAUACGUCUCCCUUAACUAGGUUUUUAAUCUCAGGACGUGUCGGUGUAAAAUAUGUAAGCGUUUCCAACGUGUGUUGGAUGGGAAUUGAUUUCAAACCACACACCCCCCCCCCAACCACCCCUCCUCGCCACACUCGCGGUGCAGCCAAAAAUAACACAACACGUAACACAUGUGGAGCAAAUAAUGUAACUGCACCGCAUUGACUAUGCAGGUGUCAAAAUAAAUACUUAUACACUAAUAGACAUGCAAAACAUUACUAUUGCAUAUUCGUUUAUAACCCGCAAAGCAUGCUGGGUAACUUCUGGUUCCGACAUAGCCAUUAACGAGGUUGUAAUUGAGUGUAAAAUAGUAUUGUUUUAAUGUCUGUGUUGAUGCCGGUGUAGUCUGUUCAGUUAGUUUAAUUGGCGGUCGCAAAUAUGCUAGGAUCUACUGCAAUUAGCCAAAUAAAAACGUGCACACGUUCUUACACUGGCACAUUUUCCGGUACAUGUUGCACACUGGGAUUUUAUUGAAUAUCAUUUAGUCUAUUUUAACUACUGUAAGAUUUGUUUUCAUUGAGGCUGCUGCUCAAACACAACUCAUAUUUACAGGGAAAUUAUUUAAUGCUUCAAACCUGACUUGAUUCAAAUCAAUGGGAGGUUGUUUCUCCGCUGUCGGAAUCCUAUUAACACAGGGGUGUCCAAAGGGUGACCUGGGGGCCAAUUUUGGCCUGCAGCUUGUUUUAUAUUGGCCCUCAUCUUUAAUGCACAAAAAUGCAUCACUUUGGACACCACUGCUUGAUCGGAUGCCCAAAUUGGAAUCUUGACUUUUGUGUAUCCAUUUGUGAGAAAGUUUGUGUAUUUUUUGAUGUGUGGGGUUACUGCUAUGCUAGCAUGUGUGGCUAAAUGAAAUCCACGUCACCAGUGAAAGAAGGGUGAUAUAUACACACGCACAAACACACUCACUUGUGUGCGGUUGUUUUGGUUGUCGCUGCAUGCAUGACCUGCCAUCAUUUUUGCUUUCUGACACUGUAUUGGUUUGUCAUCGCUAACGUAAGCCUGCGGCAUUCUCGCACCUUUUGUCGCAGACAAAACAUUAACACGUCACAGCAGAUCAAACGCCACCAAAUAUAUGCCUUACUACUGUAUUAUAAAAAUGCUUUACUGUACAUCAAUAAAGCACGCAGUUAUGUUGA